GCAGCUCGUGGCCCCACCUCGGGAAGGGGAAAAGAGGUGGGCGAACCGCGCAACACACCACCCAACUCGCCGCACCAAUUCGUCCCAACUUCCUCCCCCAAAUCCAAACGAAGCUCUGCGUCUCCGCCGCGCGGCGCUCUGAUUGACCCCCCCGAACCCUCGCUCCCCGUCGCCACCGGCCCGGCCGCCGCCAUGGACGACGACCACGACCAGGACCCCGACCCGCCGUCGCCGGCCGCCGCCGGGGGGCGGUGCCCGUGCUGCUCCUCCUCCGCCUCGCCGGCCGUGCCGUGGCGGCGGUCCGUGAAGCGGAAGCUGGGCGCGGAGAAGGGGGAGGGCGGCGAGGUGGAGUCCGCGGCGGCGCGGGUGGACGCGGCGGAGGAGUGCGCGGCGCUGCGGGAGGCGGUGGCGGCCGCGCAGUCCACGGCGUCGGCGCUGCGGGCCGAGGUCGAGGAGGAGCGCCUCGCCGCGGCCAGCGCCGCCAGCGAGACCAUGGCCAUGAUGCUCCGCCUGCAGCGCGAGAAGGCCGAGGUCCAGAUGGAGCUCCGCCAGUUCCGCCGCUUCGCCGACGAGAAGAUGGCGCUCGACGCCGCCGAGAUCGACCAGCUCCGCGCGCUCCUCGCCCAGCGCGCGCGCCGGCUGGUGAGGCUGCGCGUCAGGCUCCGCGAGUACAGGCUCCAGUUCCUCCACCUGGGCAUCCCGCUCCCGGAGGGCGAGGAACUCGUCGCGGAGAACGCCCAGGAUGAGGAAGAGGACCUGCUACUACUCGAGGGCGAGGAAGGCUAUGGGGGCUAUUACCCGGAGCUCCGCUGCCACGACGGGGAGUACUACUACGAGGACGGGCAGGAGGAAGAGGAUGCCGUUGCCCUUGAUCUGGAGCGCCGGAUCUGCCGCCUUGAGCACGAUCAGGAAACUCACCUGAUUGAGCCGGUCCUGGAGGAGGAGGAAGGCACCCAGCUUUACACAGAUGAUGCCUUGACGGAGUUGGCUGGGCUGGAGCAGGUCGGCUUUUAUGCCAACGAGAUGUUACCUGAGGAGGCUGUGGAAGAAAGGAGCCAACUCUACAAUGAGGAUGAGGAGCUGCCGGAGUCUCCAACUGCUGGAUUUGGUGGUGGAGAGGAAGCAAGUGAGACUGAUGGUGUUGGCAGUGCAAGCGGCAGCGAUAGGGUGUACACGAUUGACAAGGUACAUCAAGGUGUGUCUGCGCCUAUAGCCAGGGUCCCGGAUAAGUACCAGGAUGAGGCGGUGGAACCAGACAUUAAGAAGCUUUAUAUGAGGCUGGAAGCGCUGGAGGCUGACCGGGAAUCAAUGAGGCAGGCCCUUGUGGCGAUGCGCACUGAGAAGGCGCAGCUUGUGCUUCUCCGUGAGAUCGCACAGCAGCUUGCCAAGGAUGGAGCUCCAGCUGGAUCAGGAGCUGGUGUGGGGCGAGGUGUUCACCAUUCGCCUGGAAAAUGCAAGGCGGGGAUCGUAGAAAGGAGGUUCACGGAGGAUAAGAAGGCGACACUCGUCAAGACAUUCUCCAUGGUUGCAUUAUUUAAGUGGGUCGUUACUUUAUUCGGCAAGAAAAAGAAGGUACCACAAAGCAGGUAUACUUUUGGCUUAUCAAGUAACAAUGUUGGUUUGCUCCUACUCUUGGAUAAGUACCCGCGGAUCCAGAAAACCCUCACGAGAACAAAGUAAAAUCUGCCAUUCUGCUGAAAGAAGCAUCAGCGGCUGUUCAAUGUAAAUAAAUAGCUGUCAGCUGGGAAUUUGGCGUCAGGUUGCAUUUUUAGUGAAGGGCAGGUGGAGCUGGUAUUGUUUUGAUUCUUUUGUUGGGUGAUUUUUUUUCCCCGUCUUGGGUGAUGAGGAUGGAUAUGCGUUGAUCUUGCAAUUGUUCAAGUCACGAAACAAACGCUUUUGCUUCUUUGUCACCAGCAAAAGCUUAAUGAUUGUAUAGUGCGCUUGAAAUACACCAUGGUGGUUGUUGAUUGCUUUGCUUGCUUCCAGAUUGAUGAGAGAGUACUGAUGAACUUUAGAUUA